AGGACACUAUAAAAAGAGCAUGAAUAGCUGUGGAGAUGACAGAGCAAGAGCUGGACACGAACAUCAGUGAAGAAUGAAGGGUUUGUUAUAUACACUCCUGCUUUUGGAAACCUUUGUGUUCAUUGCACAGCAGAAGGUAGAUGGAGGACUAGACAAUAAUGAAAUCAGUCAACAGCUCAGCUCUGGGGACAGAAGACAGAAUCCACCUCAAACAAACACUCUGAGAGAUGAAGCUUCAACUGACAGCCAACAAUACUGCCAUUUGAGCUUCUCUGACAUCCACGCAGCACUGAGAGAACUGACCGUCACCGUUACAGAGCAGAAAGCCAACAUCAGAGCCUUAGAGACGCAACUGAAGGAACAACAAACCUUCUUCCUGGAAGAGCUGAACAAGAAAAGUGAUGAAAUUUCAAACCUUACUCGGAGUCAAGUGGAGGAGUUGAGAAAGGAAAACAGAGACAGAGAGAUAGCGUUUUCAGCUUCACUGAUGCAGUCUAACAGUGGAUAUGUUGGUCCUUUUACCACUGAUAUCACAUUAACCUACAGGAACGUCUUCACAAACAUAGGAAACGCCUACAACCCAAUUACAGGUGUGUUCACAGCACCACUGAAAGGAGCGUACAGGUUCAGAGUCUCUGUCUAUGGUCAUGGUAAUCCUUCAAAUGCAGCAUAUGUUUCCAUUAUGAAGAAUGGAGAGAAGGUGGUUAUGGCAUAUGCUCGCCAGGAUCAGCGCAAUAUAAACUCCUCAAAUGGAGUUGUGUUGAUCCUGGAGGUUGGAGAUGUCGUCUAUGUGAGACUGUGGUCUGGCAGCAGGUUAUAUGAUAAUGACAAUAAUCUUAAUACUUUCAGUGGUUACCUACUGUUUCCCUUAAGAGAUCAGGAGCUUUGCAGAAUGUGAUUCCAGAAAAUCUAAACCUUUAACAUACGAUUUAAGAUGAAAAUCAUAAAGAAUCCUUAACUUAUAAACCUGUAUUAAUGAGGACUAAUGUAUGUUUUUAAAUUUGCAAUAGAUUAUUAUUUAAA